CAAAAUGCAAUUUACCAUCUGGAGAAAAAGUGGAAGAAGCUGAACAACCCAGUGAUAUAGAAGAAGGAGGAUUAGAUCUCAGUGUGUCACUCAAACCAAUCAGUUUCUACAUCACGGACAAAAGAGAAAUGCUUCAGCAGUGUUUCUGUGUCAUAGGGGAGAAAAAACUACAGAAGAUGCUGCCCGAUAUUUUAAAGAACUGUUCCAUGGAUGAAAUCAAAAGGCUUUGCUUGGAGCAGUUGGAGCUGUUAUCUGAAAAAAAACUGUUGAAGAUACUUGAAGGCAAGAUUGGAGCAGAUUCUGAUACUGACGAGGAGGCAGAUGGAGGAGACAAGACUGGAAGUGAAUCAGUCAGUCAACAGGACAACAGUAUAGACUCUACCUCUUCUGUCAGAGAAGACAACAAGCUGGAAGGUCAGGAAUCAAAACAAGGCAAGGGAGAAGAUAGUGAUGUCCUCAGCAUAAAUGCAGAUGCGUAUGAUAGUGACAUAGAAGGCCCAUGCAAUGAAGAAGAUGGCCCAGAUGUGCAAGAAAACCCUGUCAGAAGUGGAGCCAGUCAGAUAGAUGACCUCCAGAAGGACAUUGAGAAAAGCGUGAAUGAGAUACUGGGGUUGGCAGAGUCCAGCCCAAAGGAGCCCAAAGCAGCAACCUUAGCUGUUCCUCCAUCAGAAGAUGUUCAGCCAUCAGCACAACAGCUGGAGCUUCUGGAGCUUGAGAUGAGGGCCAGAGCUAUUAAAGCUCUGAUGAAAGCUGGUGAUGUGAAAAAACAGCCCUGAGAUUGUUUAGAUUUAUUUUUCAGUAUUUGUU